CUGAAGAUAUAAGGACAGAAAUAAGGAAAUAAAAAGAAUAUAACGUGGGCACAACUAUGGGACAUCAAAAUCUGACUGAACUCCAAACAAUGAAUUUAACCACACAGGAGAAAAGCUUUUUAAGCAUUGAAAUCUUCGAGAUAUGCAUAUAUUUUGUCAUCUUAGUUGUAGGUGUCAUUGGAAAUGGACUUGUCAUCUUUGUGACCGGCUAUAAAAUGAAGACGACAGUCAACUCCAUUUGGUUUCUCAACUUGGCAAUUGCAGACUUCCUUUUUAUUACACUCUUGGUUUACCCAAUUGUUGUUGCCUUUGAUAGAAGUAUAUUUUCGGACUUGAACAAACUCAUUAAUGCAUGUUUGACUUUUCUUUGUGCACUAAAUUUGUCUGCAAGUGUUUUCUCUCUGACAGUUAUCAGUGUGGAUCGAUGUCUGUGCACAUGGUUUAUUGUUUGGGUUCAGAACAAACGAACUUUAGUCAAAGCCAGAAUCAUCAGUGUAUUUGUUUGGAUUGUAUCUAUCUGCUACAGCAUCCCUUUUGGCUUUGUUAAGUAUGUGUAUGAAGCUGAAAAUUACAUCAAUGUCUAUCUGUUCACAUUGAUGUUUAUUUUGGGAUUUGUAAUUCCCUUUACAAUUAUUGCAUCUUCAUACAUAGCUAUUGCUGUGCGAGUAAAACAUCUCAAAACAGGAAAGCAGUUUCGGCCUUUCCGGAUCAUAUCUGUGAUUCUGGCUUUUUUCAUAUGCUGGUUUCCUUUCCAUGUUCAAAAACUGUGUUUCAUAAGUGCAGUGAAGUAUAACUGGAGUGACAGUGCUAGAGAAAAAAUUAAUGCUGCAUAUCCUUUUGUAAAGUGUCUUGUUUCUGUGAACAGUUGUCUGAACCCCAUUCUCUAUGUGUUUAUGUGUGAUGAGUAUAAGAAGAAACUUAAAAAGUCUCUCCUGCUGGUGUUUGAGGCGGCUUUUACUGAAGAACAUCUGAAUUUAAGAUCAACUUCACUUCCUCACAACUCUCAAUGCCAGCAGGUACUAAAUGUACAGAAUGACGAAACAAGCAUCUGAUCCUUUGCUGGCAACAGGAGAACAGCACCAUUUUUAGCGUCAGUCUUUAGAUGAUUGGAGAUAUACAUUUAUAAUUUGGAAAAUUAAAAUUUCUCAAGUACUCCUCCAUUCUCCUGUGUUCAGACGAACAAAAAGUCUCAGUCCAAACUCUUGACAACAGCUCAAUGUAUCGAUGAAGAGGAAGUGAUAAGCCAGCAGAAAUAGACAAAUAAUCACAAUAAAGAGACUAAAGUGAAAAAAAACCUACAGGGCAUAAACACACAUGCUCCUCUCAUCCAUGAAGGCAGUAAAUAUGUUUGCAAGCAUUUUAUUUAUGACCAUCAUUAGACAGUUAUUAGUUAGUUGACAGUGUGAUUGUGUGGGUUCAGAAUUAAC